AAGGCCUCAUAUACAGUGACCGUUGAUGUUUUAUCAUCUCCUUCCCGCGUUUCUUCAAUCCUCUGACCUUUCUCUCUCUUCAUUUCAGAUGGAUCAAGCAACUCCCAGUUCAGCCAUUGCUAAAAGAAAGCUAGUUACACGAUUCCUCAAAUCAAAACAAACCAAACCCACCAUCUGCAAUACCAAUGUUCAUCAUCAAGAACCCAAACACAGAGAAAACCCAGACGAAAACAAGAAAGAAGAUGAAGCAAUUGAACGGAACAGAGCAACAAUGGCGGAAGCAUUCAUCACAGAGCUUUUUGCAACCGUCUCAGCCCUUAAAGCAGCCUAUGCAGAGUUUCAACUAGCUCAGUUUCCUUACAAUCAAAACUCCAUCCAAUCUGCAGACGAGUUAGUAGUUCAACAAUUUCAAACAGUUUCAGACAUGAAACAGAGUUUCCUCACCAAACAGAUUGAAUACACAAAUCCCCAAUUCACUCUCAUCAAAGCAGAGAUUCUGGAGAUGCAGAGUUUGAUAAAGAUGUACAAGAUCACAAUAAAGAAGCUUCAACUCGAGUCUGAAAAUAAAGAUAAGGAAAGUCUCAAUCUUAGAACAGAACUCGAUCAAAUCAUUUCAAACAAUAAGUUAAUGGAGAAGAAGCUGAGUUCUAUCGGGCAAUAUUCAGUAAUGGACACGAUAAACUCACCGAAUCUGAAUUUGAAUGCUUUCAGUAUAAGCCUACAGUAUACAGUUCGAUCGAUUCGGAAUUUCGUCAAACAAAUGGUAUGCGAAAUGGAAUCAGUGAAAUGGGAUAUUGAAGCUGCAGCCAGAUCAAUUUCAUCUCCCCAAAUUACAUUCAGGAAUCCUAAUGACAUAUGUUUCUCUUUCGAAUCAUUUGUUUCUGGACAAAUGUUCGAAAGAUUCAAUCUUCCCCAUUUUGAUCUACUAAAAAACGAAACAACGGUGGUGGGUUACAAUUGGCGUGAUCAGAUCAUGAAAUUGAAGUCAUCAAAUCCAAUUCAGUUUCUAAAACACAAUCCCAAGUCAUUGUUUGGAAAAUUCAUCAGGAAGAAAUACCUUAAAGUGGUUCAUAGCAAAAUGGAGAUUUCAUUUUUUGGUAAUCCGAGGCAGCGUAGACAGAUUAGCUCCGGUGAGUUACCGGAUAACGAGUUAUUCGAAUCGUUUGCAGAAAUGGCGAGGCGGGUAUGGCUUCUUCAUUGUUUGGCGUUUGCGUUUGGUUCAGAGGUGAGCGUUUUUCAGGUUGAAAGAGGAUGUAGGUUUACGGAGAUGUAUAUGGAGAGCGUUACGGACGAUGCGUUCACCGCUGACGGUUGUUUGACGGUGGGUUUGACGGUGGAACCUGGGUUUAGAAUUGGGAAGAAUGUUAUACAGAGUCAAGUUUACGUUUCUCUGUGAUCGCCGGCGAUUGUGGCGGUUUUUCCGGUGCGGCGGUAAAAGGACAAUAUUUAGGUCGGCGACUAAAGCUGUUUUUUAUUGUUUUGUUUUGUUUUAUGUGAUAAAGCAUUAUGCAAUAAAAGAAUAAAAUUUGCUUUAUAUGGGCCUUAAAUAAUUUUAAAUCCAUAAAUGGAUCUUUCAGCCCAUGUUGCAUAAAUUAUUCUGAAUUUUAAAGUACACAAACUCUUUACUAUUU